GAACGUCUGCUAUGCACUCAGUCCAGAAGCAGAUUGACUCGAAGUGACAACUGUCUUAUCCGCUCUGCCAUAACGUGUGGACCCUUAUUGUGGAUCUCUGUGUUUUAAGAUAUCAGUGUCUGGUUUGGCUGCAAAAUGAUUUGCCUCAAUUUUAUGCUUUUGGUGACGAGCAUCUUCAUGCACGUUGAAGGCGCCUCAGGUGUUAGCUCAGUUUGCCCAGUCGAAGAGGAAAUAUUCCCUGUACCUGCGAACUCGGCGCGACGUCAUCGCUGCCGAGUAUGGACUGCUCAGACGUGGCUAGUGAAAAGGAACUGGGCAUGAUAUUCAACAAUCGGUUCCCUACCAAGAACUUCCAUUCGCUGAAGGUCACGCGGAACGGCAAACUGAAGACCUUGCCGAAGGGUAUUUUCGGCGAGAACACCUUCGAAGAGGUCCUCUUCAUCGAGGGCGCCCUCGAGGUGGUGCAACCAGAGGCGCUGAUCGGCAGCGCUUCGACGCUGAGGAAAUUGCAGAUCAGGAGUCACCAGCUGAGGAGCUUCCCCUUCGGGGAGGUAGGGUAUUACAGGAACCUCGACAGGCUCUACCUGGGUAAUAAUAAAUUGAACUCCUUCCCGAGGAUCGUCUCGACGUCCCUGAAGGAACUCAACUUGGCACAGAAUCCCCUGAAGCAUAUACCUGCUGGUGGACUGUACGGGAUGCCGAAUUUGAGGGUCGUUUACCUAUAUUCCUGCCAGAUCACGGACGUUCCUGCUGGAACAUUCACUGGAUUGAGGAACCUGUUUUACUUGACUUUGGCCGACAACAACCUGACGGAGAUUGUUCCCUACUCCUUCGAACUUCACACGAGAAACUCUCGCCUUUUCCUCGCGUCGAAUAAGAUCAGUAAAAUUGCAGAGAAUUCGAUUAAUGGAGUGUCAAACUUCCUUAACAUGAAUGAAAACAACUUGGUUUACCUCGAGGAGGAUGUUUUCAGGCCGCUGUUGGAAGGGGGAGCACAACUCUCUAUUGAAAGUAACCCUCUCGCUUGUGGUCAUGACAUCGACUGGUUAGUCAGAAGUAAAAAGCUCUUGGCAAAUGUCGUGGGAAGGUCUGCCUGCAGUAACGGUACCCUGUUAACUAAACUGGGUUCUACUGACUACGUUUUGUGGCUCUCCUUGUUUUUUCUUUUGUUUGCCUUGGUGACGCAAGAAAGACGGUAACUUAUUCCCUUUAUUUUUUCGUCGAUCUUUGGCUGCUUAUUGCACAUUCUUUCUAUAAAAACCGCUUUUGGUGUGGCAUGCGCUGUCACAUUAAGUAGACACUCUUGUGCACUUGCUCUGAGUAUGUUUGCAACAAUAAAGCUACGUUCUUGGGAAUAAUUCUGUCUCAUUUGCUUGUCAAGUCUGUUGUUUUUGCAGUUUUUCACACAUGCAGUUUUGCAUUUCUGUGUGUACCAUUGUAUUUUAGAUAGCCUUUCUGUUUCCUGUGCAAAUUAUGUGCGUUAAAUUAAGGCUCCUGAAAGUUAC